CGUGCUCUUUCCGUCUGCUGCUCCACUCGGGCGUGUGGCAGUUUCUUUGGAAAGAAAUUCGGUCUCUUAAAGAUUUGUAUUUUGUAUUCUAUACGUGCGGCCGUUUAUUCUUAAAGCGCUAAGGGCUGUGCCCGUCAAAGAGUUAGCCGGCUAAGUUUUUCAUUUCAGAAUCUGAAACUAUUUAUUCGGCCAGCAAAAUGGCAGUCUUGGGAAUCCAAUUGAUAGUCACUUUACUUACAAUCAGUAUCAUGCAAAAAGUGACGCAACGGUUCUCAUUUGGAAAAUGGAUUCUCUGCAAAACAGGUCUGGUGUACUAUCUUCAUCCUACGGAUGCAGAGUUGAGAAAGCUAGCUGGAAUUCCCCAGCCCAAACCAAAACCAAAACCCAAAGAAGGAGAAAAUAAACGAGGGAAAAACAAACGAAAAUGGGAGGAACCUGUAGAGGAUAAAACAUUUACUGUCCCUAGAAAUUUGGAGUUACAGCUUGAAACAGCCAAAAUUUUGCCAAGAGAUGUUUUGCAACUCAAAUUUUUUACUGAAUUCAUUUGGCUAGUUGAUUACAGUGUGUUUGUUCUUAUUGUCUAUGUUAUAACAGAGAUAUACUGUGGACUAUAUCCUAAGGCUAAUCAAGAAGUUAAUCUUAGCAUGCUAUGGUGCCUUCUGUUGGUUGGUUUUGCUUUAAAAUCCCUUUGCAGUGUCACUAGUCUCUAUUUUUGGAAUAAUGAAGCGGCCGCUGAGCGGUCGUUAGUCCUAGUAGGUGGAUCCUUUUGUUUCGUCCUAGCAUUAGGACUGCUAUUGAUAGACGAGUCAAAUCUAGAGAUCGGAUUGGAUGCCGCCUACUCUGCGUUCAAUCAAAGUGCAUCCGUGUUUUUGGAACAGCAAACUAUGGAUUCGGAUGGUCCAGCCUCAAAACUGAUUCUGAAACUCUGUUUUGCUGUUUGGUGUGGUAUUACUGGUGCUUUAUUUAUUUUCCCUGGCUUACGAGUAAGUCGCAUGCAUUUGGAUGCUUUACGUUACUGCAGUGAAAGAUCAGUGUUGAAAAUAUUCAUGUACAUCAAUCUAGUAUCACCCUUCCUGCUUUCACUACUCUGGAUUCGUCCUUUGGCGAGACAUUAUUUCUCUGUCCGAGUUUUUGGCAACAUGGGGGCUCCUCUGAUGUCGGAGCAAUCGUUUGACAGCAUGCGCUUUUGGCUCUGUUUAAUUCUCAGUCUCGUACGGAUCCUUUCGGCACCAUCGUGCUUCCAGGCGUAUCUUAACCUAGCUCAAGAGAAGAUUGAAACAAUGAAAAAAGAGGCUGGCCGAAUUUCAAAUGUUGAGCUGCAGCGAAAGGUGGCUAUUAUUUUCUACUAUCUCUGUGUAGUUGGGUUGCAAUUUGUAGCACCAAUUGUACUUUGUGUCAGUUUCACAUUGAUGAACAAAACUAUGGGAGGAUAUGGUUGGUUUGGACAGCAUUUCUAUAACCCAGACGAAUGCAAUUCGCAGCAGGAACCAACUGCAACUCUUUCGAAUCUCCUACCCACCGAUACGACUACAUUGGGUGAUGCUAGAGAACAAUGGCUAGUGGCUCUCGGCGCAUUUCGUCAGAUAUUUUCGUAUGAAGUUUUUCGCGGCGUGUUUGGGUUCGCAAACUGGUGGAUGCAAUUUUUGUCAUUCUUUACGAUUGGAUGUGGCCUUGCCUACCAAUCCUAUUUCAGUGAAGCUUGAAACCAGCAUAGAUUGGACAUGCCUACGGACGAGUGGUGCCGUGCAUCACAAUCCUGGCGGCGUGCAGAUACUUGCAAUACUAAGUAGUCCCAUGUCUUCCGCAGUCGGAUGGAUGCACAUGCAGCACAAGUAGUCAAAAUCCGUAGGAAGCCGAGUGGUUCUUUUUGUUUUAAAUGCGUGUGUGUGUGAGCGUGAGUGUUAACUUCUAUUCUUCGAACAACAGAUCUCAUUCAUUGGGAUGACGGUUGUGGAUCUGUGAACAAAUCCCUUAAUUGCCCAGUCUCUUAAACUAUUUAUGAAUAAAUAGUAAAUUUAUUUCAUAA